AUGCCCUCUCAAUUAUUAGUCGAUGUUUGCAUUGCAGUUUUUACAUUUUUCAUUCUCUUUGAUCGAUAUAUCAUAAUUACACAAGCUGGCAAUUGUUUUAAUCAUCGUAUUAAUGAUAUGUGCUAUGAUCUUACUGAAGACAAUGUAAAUGAAGAUCAAUGUUCUGGUCUUUAUUAUUCAGAUGAUAUUCUUCAAGAUUUAGAUGGAUAUAAAUACGCUGAAAAAUGUCGUGAUAUAAAUACUACCCCAAAACGAUGCGAUAUUGAUUGUGGUCUUGGUCAAGAAUGUCAAUGGAUCAAUGGAGAAGAAAUGUGUGUAUGUAGUGAAGAAUCUUGUACUUCAAGUAAUUCAUUAUCAUCAAAAUAUAAUCAGCCAUUAUGCGCAUCCAAUAAUAUAACAUAUGCGUCGGAAUGUGCUAUGGCAGCAUGGAAAUGUCUUAAACAGCAAUCUGGUUUGUACAAAAAGUAUGAUGGAGAAUGUCAACGAGAUUGUCGAAAUGUUAAAUGUCCAUCUGAUACAGUUUGUUUAUUAGUUAAAAAUACUGGUGAACCAUUUUGUUAUCCAAAAAAACAUUGCAAUCCAACUUUAGAUCCUGGACUAGUUUGUGGCACAAAUGGUGUUACGUAUAAGAAUGUAUGCGCUAUGCGUCUUAGUCCAGAUGCCCAAGGUCGAACACCUGAAUUAGCACAUAAAGGUUCUUGUGAAACCAAAUGUCGACCGAAUUUAUGUCAACCAUAUGAGCGUUGUGUAUAUUCUCGUCAAUCUCGUCCGGUUUGCAUACGUUGUCAAUUUUCUCGACGAUUUUUUACUCAUAGCGGUGAAUGUAGUAUGAACAUCGCGGCAUGUGGUGAUGAUGGAUAUUUAUAUAAAAAUUAUUGUGGUUUAUUACGUGGACAAUGUGAUAACAAUCGUUAUAUUAAUAUAAUUGAUUAUGAGACAUGUUCAAAAAAUUAA